GGAAAUUUAGCGAGUUUAAUUUGCUAUGCAAAACAAACAAAUAUAAUGCCAUGAUCAUGCUAUCAAUUACAAGUAGACAUCAUUCUAUUCAAGCGUUGACGUUCAAGACUUGAAAAGUAUGCCAAUGCGACAUGUGGAUGAAAUUUUCAAAAUUAACAAACUAUGCUAGUGUUUAGGUACAUACGUCCAAUUACUCUUUGCUUAUAAAUUGGGAAUUAUUAUGAAUUUUAGUUCUACAAACACAAAUUAAAACACUAAUUUCUUUUCUUGUUUUCCUCCACGAUAAAAUAAUCACCAAAAAAAAAAAAAAAAAAAAAAAAACAUAUUCCUAGCUUACCAUCGAGACCGAUGGGAAAAUCAUAUUCUUGCUUACAAUACUUAUGUGUUGUGGUAUGGUUAGUAGUUCACUUGUUGUGCCAAUGCGGGCAGUUUGCAGCUGCUGCAGGAAACUCGAGCAGUAUCUUGUGCAAACAGCGCGAGCGACAAGCUUUGCUUAAGAUUAAGCAGAUCCUCAUAGCCCAUAAUAGCUCUGUAAAAGUUGGUUCAUGGGUUGGGGAAAACUGUUGUCAAUGGCAAGGAGUGGGCUUUGAUUAUGUCACUGGCAACAUUAUUCUUCUCAACAUCAUUAAUCCUGAUCCUAACAUUUGUUCAACAUCGGGCAGAAUCUGCUACGACGACGGAUGCUACUAUAACAGUAGAUGCCUUGAAAUCAAAGAUGGGAGCCUUGAUCACAAUAUCUUUGGUUCGAUGAUCACAAUUUUGCAAGGACUGAAGUACUUAACUCACCUGAAAUUGUACGGCCUCAUUUUCGGCAGAGAAUCAACAAGAAUCAUGUCCUUUUCAAAAGUCAUUGGAACUAUGACUCAACUGAGAUAUCUCAAUCUCUCUUCUGUUGGGUUGGUUGGGGAAAUUCUUUCUCAAAUUGGUAAUCUUACCAACCUUCAAGUCCUUGAUCUCUCUAAUAAUUUUUUACAAGGGAAUGUUCCUCCUCAAAUUGGUAAUCUUACCAACCUUCAAGUCCUUUAUCUCUCUGAUAAUAAUUUAGAAGGGAAUGUUCCUCCUCAAAUUGGUAAUCUUACCAACCUUCAAGUCCUAGAUCUCUCUAAUAAUCAGUUUGAUAGAGAACUUAGAAUUAUGAGGUGGGCAUCUAGUCUUUCUAAUUUGCAAUUCCUUGACCUAUCCAACAUAGACUUGUCUCAAUUAACAGUUGAUGCAUGGCGGAUACUAAGCCAACUUCCUUCUUUGUCUCAUCUUGGUCUCUCAGGUUGUAAUCUUAAAAAUAACCACUUAUCUCAUGUUUUCUCCAAUGACUCAGCAAUAAUCCUCAACACCCUUCAUUAUCUUGAUCUUAGCAGUAAUCUUCUCAAAAACCCACUUACAAUUCUUGGAAACCUUAGCUCCCUUAGCUUUCUUGACCUCUCUAAUAAUCUUUUAGAAGGUUCAGUCCCUGGUUGGCUUAAGAACAUGAGGAGUCUUCAAGUCCUUAAUCUAGCCAGAAAUGGAUUUAGCCAUGUUGAAAAUGGUAUUUGGGGAAUUAUGGGGAAUCUAUGCAACUUCAUACAUUUGGAUUUAUCUUACAAUUUAAUCCAUGGAGAGAUUCUAGAGCCAGCAAAUAUUUCCAGCUGCAUUAGUUACAGUUUAGAGUCCCUUGAUCUUAGUUUCAACAAUAUUAGUGGCAAUUUGCCGUCUUUUUUAGGACAAUUAACUAACCUGAGACAACUAGAUUUUUCGGAAAAUAAAUUAAGUGGAGAGAUCCCAGAUUGCCUAGGACAAUUGACUAACCUGAAAGACUUAGAUUUUUCAGAUAAUAAAUUAAGUGGAGAGAUCCCAGAUUGCCUAGGACAAUUGACUAACCUGAAAGACUUAGAUUUUUCAGAUAAUAAAUUAAGUGGAGAGAUCCCAGAUUGCCUAGGACAAUUGACUAACCGAAAGACUUAGAUUUUUCAGAUAAUAAAUUAAGUGGAGAGAUCCCAGAUUGCCUAGGACAAUUGACUAACCUGAAAGACUUAGAUUUUUCAGAUAAUAAAUUAAGUGGAGAGAUCCCAGAUUGCCUAGGACAAUUGACUAACCGAAAGACUUAGAUUUUUCAGAUAAUAAAUUAAGUGGAGAGAUCCCAGAUUGCCUAGGACAAUUGACUAACCUGAAAGACUUAGAUUUUUCAGAUAAUAAAUUAAGUGGAGAGAUCCCAAAUUGCCUAGGACAAUUGACUAACCUGAAAGACUUAGAUUUUUCAGGUAAAAAUUAA